GCUUGUUUCCGUUCCCAACAUUGCACAAAAUUCAACCUCUCGACUCGAACGCCCCGAGCCCAGGGUCUCAAACAUAUUCCCAGCACAAGUACACCUCCAGAGCCACAAUGGUCUCUCUAAGCACGCAUGUCUACGCCACGCGGCCCAACAAUCUCGCCAUCGAAUGCGACAUAUACUCGCUACGUUCUCCCCGCCGUCCUGAUCCCGCCAUUGCUACCGGCAGCACAGACACCCUCGAACAUGGCCAAGCCGCACCACCAGAAACAGUGUUCCUGUACUUCCACGCCGGCGGACUCGUCAACGGGUCCCGGGACCGCCUCCCGCCGUGGCUCGUGCAGGCUUGCGUCGUAGAGAGAGGUUGGCACCUGAUGAGCGCCGACUACCGCAUGCUCCCGCAGGUCGGCGGCAGAGAGCUGCUCGAGGACGCGAUGGCUGCGUAUCAGUUCGCGCGGUCGUGGUCAUCAUUCGGGUCGUUCGAUGUGCCAAGUGCUGCUCCACGGCGUGAGAACCGGGUCGUCGCAGGCGGUGGCAGUGCAGGCUUUUUCCUUGCCACUCUUCUCGCGCAUCAUGCCUCAGCCUAUUCUGUCCCGCCUCCAGCGGCGCUUCUCAGCCUGACAGGCAUCAUCACCCACCGGCACGACUUCUUCAACUCGUCCGUACAGCUCUUCCCCCGCGAGAUCACGCACGAGGAGGUGGCACCCUUCUUCGCCGAGCCCGUGCAGGUCGGCAGCAUGACGCGUGGUCACAAGGUGUAUUUCUGCCCCGACAUGCUUGAGGCCGAGACGGGCUUGCGCAACAGAGCAUACAAAGCUCCUGAAGCCCCUUCAGCUCCGCUCGGCGACAAUAGCAGUGGUGCAGCAGAUCCAGAGGUGGGAAGGGGAGAGCUAUAUGACUACCUGCUUUUCAACAACCGAUACCUCGACCUCAUCGGGCGAGAUAUAGACGUCGGCUUUGCCUGGGCGGAUCCCAAAAACGGAACCACUCGUGACGAGAAACUCGCCGCAUGGCCGCCGACGAUCAUCAUCGCCGCGGACGCAGACACCGACGUCAGCCCUGCCGUGACGACAGACAUCACUGCUCUUCUGGGGCCGAGCAAAGCACAGGUCUUCACUGCGCAAGGGAUGUGGCAUUUAUUCAUGGCGGACUGGUUCCUCGAUGAUUUUGAUCGCCUCGCAAGUGGUGAAACAGAGGGUGGUACUUCAACGAGUACCAUGAUAAGCCUUAAGUUGGGUCGCAGCCCAUCCUGGGCAACGGCCGUGAAUGCGCUCGUCAACAACACCAAGAUGACGACUCGUUCCCGAACACACGGCAUAUACACGGUCGGCUGGGUCUGCGCUCUGCCCAAGGAGCAGACGGCGGCAACGGCGAUGCUCGACGAGCGACACCCAGACCUCCCCAAACCAAACAGCGACCCAAACUCGUACACGCUCGGGUCCAUCAGCGGCCACAAUAUCGUGAUCGCCUGCUUGCCCAAGGGCAAGAUCGGCACGAGCUCCGCUGCAAAAGUUUCAAGUCACUUGAUCAGCACCUUCCCAGCCAUCCGAUUUGGGCUGAUGGUCGGGAUCGGCGGCGGCGUCCCUCCCAAGGUACGACUCGGCGAUGUGGCCGUCAGUGUACCUGCCGAUCAGCAUCCUGGCGUUGUGCAAUGGGACAUGGGCAAGGCCGAGCAAGGCGGAACGUUCCGACGAACGGGCGUCCUGAACAACCCACCAACGUUGCUAUUAGCUACGUUGACCAAGUUGGAAACAGCUCACGAAUUGGAAGGCAGCAAGAUUCCACAGUACCUGCAGGAGCUACAAGAACGAUACCCAAGGCUGGCGGCCAAAUACCUGCGGUCAGAUUCAAUGCAGGACGUCUUGUUCAAGGCAAGCUACAACCACGAGGUUAAGCAAGGUAGAGGCGGCGCAAACAAGGGAGAAGACGAGGAGGAAGCAGAGAGCGACGCUGAAGAAACCUGCCAGAAUUGCGACGUGGCUCAGAUUCUGAAGAGAACGCCGCGGGAGAUGCGUGUACACUAUGGACUGAUCGCAUCUGGCAACCAGGUGAUCAAAGAUGCCUGGUUCCGGGACGAGUUGGUGAAAGGACUGGGGAAGGUCCUCUGCAUUGAGAUGGAGGCCGCGGGGCUGAUGGACAGCUUUCCGUGCCUUGUGAUCAGGGGGAUCUGCGACUAUGCGGACUCGCACAAGAACAAGGUAUGGCAGGAGCAUGCUGCUGCAGUUGCGGCGGCCUUCGCAAAGGAGCUGCUGAGCUACGUCAUGGUGGACGAUGUGCAGGGAGAGAAACCGAUCAAGGCCAUUCUUUCUGACCAAUAUGCAGUAUCCGAAAACGUCACUUCUAUUCGGGAAGAAACCUCAAGAAACACGCGUAUACUUCACAAGAGGCAAGACAUGGAGAUACUCGACUGGCUCUCAACUCACCAUUAUGGCCCUCAGCAGAGCGACACCCUACAGCGAUGGCACCCGAAGACUGGCCAGUGGUUUCUCAGUUCAGCAAUCUACCAGGACUGGCUUCGGACAGGAAGCAGAACUUUGUACUGUCCCGGUAAUCCCGGUGCAGGAAAGACAGUCAUGGCUUCAGCCGCGAUCCGCGAUAUCGAUCAUCGCUUCUCAACCGAUGCCAAUAUCGGUCUGGCUUAUAUUUACUUUACGUUCUCGCGACAACGGGAUCAGACCGUUGAGCACGUGCUAGCCAGUCUUCUGGUACAAUUCCUUCGUCAAAAAGUCACCCUUCCGGAUCACAUUCGCGAUCUGUCCGAGCGGCACCAGAAGAAAGGAACACUACCAACGCAUGACGAUCUGAUGCAAGCAUUUCAUCGGGUCGUCUCCGCAUUUCAUCGGGUGUACAUUGUGUUGGACGCUCUCGACGAAUGUGCGGCAGAGAGCCAGCGUCGAGCCAAGAUCAUGACGGACUUGUCGGAAAUCCAAGCCAGGGCCGAUGUGAAUAUUCUCGCCACAUCGCGGAUAAAUGGCGACAUCGCGAGUCUAGUGACCCGUCAGAACACUGCAACCCUGCCCAUCGUUACUCAGGAUCAAGACAUGGUCAACAUGCUUCGAGAUCGGCUCGGCGCAUUUGAUCGACAGCUUUACAGCGACGAUUUUGCUGACCUCGUCGUCACUAAAGUAGCCAGAGCAUCGAGGGACAUGUUUCUUCUAGCGGACUUGCACGUUAACGCUUUAGCUGCAUUGCCAACAAAAGGAGAUGUCCUCGACGCUUUGGACAAAAUUGAUCAAGGGUCAGAUCGUCUUCACACAGUCUACGAAACUGCCAUGGGCCGGAUACAGAGUCAGGGUAGCGGUCUCGCACAGCUGGCCAAGAAAACUCUCCUGUGGGUUGUGCACGGAAGGCGACAGAUGACCAGUACAGAAGUCCGGCAUGCACUCGCCAUACGGCCGAAUACGAAGGCAAUCGACACCAACUACUGCCCCAGCAUCAAACGCGUCACAUCUAUCUGUGCCGGGCUGGUCAUCGUGGACAAGGAAAGCGACACAGUUCGGCUGGUUCACUACACGACUCAGGAAUACUUUGAGAAAAUGGGCCAGAAAUGGUUCACUGAUGCGCAAGAAGAGAUUGCCAACAGCUGUAUCACGUAUCUUUCCUACGAAGUCUUUAGCAGCUACUGCGAAACAAGGGAAGACUUACAGAGGCGGCUUGUUGCCUACCCGUUCUACAGCUACGCAGCCUGCGAGUGGUCCCACCAUGCCGGCGCAGCUUGUGACGGCCCAGCUGCGAUAGAGUUGCUCAAGGACCAACGUCAGGUUGAAGCAUCAUGGCAGGCACGAUUGUCCACCAACGGAAUCCAUCAUGAUUUCCGGGACGGGAAAUACAUUGCGAAUAACAUCAAUGGAUUACACUUGGCUUCGAUCCUUGGCUUAUCGGCUGCGGUGAGGCGCUUGUUGGGCAUCUACGAGGCUGAUUGCCGUGACAGCCUGGGACGUACACCAUUGCUAUUCGCGGCCGUGAGUAGACAUACCGAGGUAGUCAAGCUGCUUCUGAAGACCAACCAAGUAGACGUCGACGCUAAAGAUACUUACGGUCAGACACCGCUAGUUUUAGUGGCUGGUUUGGGAUAUACAGAGGUAGCCAGGCUGCUUCUUGAGAUCGGGCAAGCAGACGUCAAUCACAGACAUGGGCUAAGUGAACGGACACCGCUAUCGAUAGCGGCUGUGAACGGACAUACCGAAGUAGUCAAGCUGCUUCUUGAGAGCGGGCAAGCAGACAUCAACACCGAAGAUCACUGGGACUCUACACCGCUCCUAUUGGCGGCUGACAACAAUCAUACAGAGGUAGUGAAGCUGCUUGUCGAGGCUAAGCAAUGCAAUAUCGAUAACAACGAUAAGGACGGCCGGAUACCACUAUCGCGAGCGGCCGAGAUUGAGCAUAUAGAGGUGGUGAAGCUACUUCUCGAGGCCAGGCAAGUGGACUUCGAGCCUGAAAAUCUUGGUGAAUGCGAGGAACAGCUGCUAUGGAUGGCUGGGCAUGGAAAUAGAAACGUGGUUAUGCUGCUUCUUGAGGCCAUGCUACUGGACAACGAGGCCAAAGACGAUCACGGCCAGACCCCACGAUGAUAGGCAGCAAAACCAUGAAGUGGAUUUGUUCUAGCCAUCCGAGCGUGGG